AUGUCUCCUCUCGACUGUCAGUGCCGGUCGGGUCUGGCAGCAGACGGCGAAACCUGCCGAGACUGCAUGGAAGGCUUCUUUUGCCCGGGUCAGGGUGCAGAGCGGCGGUGCCAGGACAGUGCCACCUCACGCGCUGGCUCGAUCCUGCAGGCAGACUGCUUGUGCCUUCCUGGACACUAUGCCCUAGCUCAGGGCAUCUGUGAGCCAUGCCAACCUGGACGGUACAAGCCCACGCUGGCUAACGAUCCAUCGUGCCUUUUGCAGUGCCCCACAAACGCCCAGAGUGCCAAUGCGUCCACCAACUUAACAGCCUGCUUCUGCAUGCCAGGAUUUUAUGCAGUUCUCGAUGCAGGAUCUCUGUCCAGGUGCGGCAGUUGUGCCUUCCUUCCUCAUUUGCAAUGCUUGGGUGGUUUUCACACUCAGGCGGGCAUCACUCAGGCGGGGAACCACAAGCUGCCUGUCGCCCGGCCGGGCUACUUCCAAACAGGAGUGACAAUUGCAGUGAAGUGCACGGCCGUGACAGCCACUGGUCUCAGCGCUUGCCUCGGAGGGCAACUAUGCACGCAAGACGACACAGUGGAAUGCUUUGGCAAGUAUGACAACGCCUGCGACGAAGGCUCCACCGGGUUCCUUUGUGGAGAAUGCCCAGCUGGUUGGGCCAGGAGUGCCUUCCAGCAGCCAUGCGAGCCGUGCGCUUCUGGUGCUGUUUUGCCACUGGUAGCCUCAGUCAUCAUCGAUGUUGGGACGAAGGCCAUGCUCAACUUCGUGAUCGCGGCCAUGGCCGCAACGGCAGCCGUCAGAGCAAGCAGCAAGCUCCACACAGUGAUGAUCCGCAUCGCCGCCCAGUGGCUGGCUGCCUGCUCCGUCCUGACGGCGUUCGACCUGAGUCAAAUUCCGCUCGAGAUCACAGAAGACUCUCCGCUCUUCCCAUGGCCUUUGCAGGUCAGCGCAGCGAUGCAAAGCAUCUUCGAGACCCUCACGCUGACGCCUGUUCUGACAUCUGUCGACUCGGCCACCCAGUGCUUUGCCCAGGAUGCACCACGCGCCGCCGUUGGAGUGUACCACCUCGCCUUGCCUGUCCUAGUCAUGAUCGGCAUUAUUCUGCUCUCCUUCGUGAUGGUGCACGUGGUGGUGCCGGUGGGGCAGCGUUUCGGCUUCUCCUUCAACGAGUUGGGACGCAGUCUGAACCAACUGCGCAAGGUCAUAGACCCCAUGCUCAAGGAGAUGUUGCACAAACCUGUCACUCCCGUGACCGAAGCUCCGAGCGCAUUGGCAUUGGGUACUGACGUCUUCUCCUGGACGGACUUGGAGCGCUUCGGUGCCCUGCAGAAUCUCACCACGGCUCAGCUGCUUGCGCAAGCAGCGGAGAACCCGGACGGCUCCUUUUUGCGCACGGCUGCAGCCGGGUCGCGCGAGCUCCUGCUCCGUGCCUGUGCGGCCCGUACUGCACAGCUACACCCGCAGGCCGAGGCCGAGGCACAAGAGGUGUACCAAGAGCUGGCGCAGGUUGAUCUCGGGCAGUUCCUGACCACCGACUUUGCCAACCAGUCUCCGGAUUUUACGACAAUGCUGGACAGGGUCCUGGAUGCCGCAUGUACCUUCAACGAGGAGACCCUGCCGGUACCGGAAGGCCCUGAGCCUGGAGGCGAUGAGCUCCGGUUGGUGGGCUCGGAGCACGCACAUUGCGAUGUCGUCACCGCCCGAGAGAAGACAUCCCGGGAAAAGACAACGAGCAUCUUCAGCUUUGUACCUUUGCAAACCCGCGCAAUGAUGGACUCUCUUGACUUUGGCCUCUUUUCACCGGCACCUCGCUUCGGCGAGCUGGCAUACCAGAGCGUGCCUAUCAUCUGGGUGACCCUGGUCUCUUUGUGGCCUGGGCUCCUCUCCAGCUUCCUACAGAUGAUCUGGUGCGUGACGGUUCAGGAGGACGAUGUGCUGGUGAGCCGCCUGCUGCCCAACCCUUCCGUCAUUUGCUGGUCCGACGAGCACCUGGUUUCUGCUCGCUUCGCCAUCGCUGGGCUCGUUCUUUGGUGCCUGGGCAUACCGAUUGCACUGGCCAUCAUCUUGCUGCGCCUCCCGGAUAGUCCAGAGACAGGGCGCUAA